CUUAUCUCCCCCCAGUCGCCUACUCAGCAAGAACCCUCAACAAACACCAGUCUGUUGCCAACCCACCCUUUCAAGCAUCAUAUUCCUAUGACUUUCUAAGCCAUAUAAGAAUAAGCAGCCUGGAUAGAGCUGGAAUGUGGGAAUGGACACAGCUCUCUUAUCAACUUCAGCAAUUCAUGCCUUCAAUUUUCUAGUCUCCUUUCAUGUCAACAUUCUUUCUUGUCUUUUCCGUAAACAUUGAUGUCUAACAUUUUUUCGAGUCUUCUAUAGAUAUUGAAAUUACGACUUUUUUGUGACUAGAAAAUUAUGAAAACUUCGAGUCGUUAUAACAAUUUUUUAGGAAUCAUUUAAUGGAAUUAAAUUAUAAGCUUCUAUUCAUUUUGUUUUAUUUUCACACAAAAAAAAAAAAAAAGAAAAGAAAACUUGGUACGAGUUGGCAUCAUCCAGACCGUGUUACCAAAGCGAUCCCGGAAAACCAGGCUGUAGGCGAUACCUUCUCGCAAUUCCACCCUGUCGGCAUCCUGACGUGGCGAAUGCCUAUUAGGCAGCUGUCUUUCCCUAAAGAACCAAACCGCGGCCCCACCGUAGCCGAUCUAUCCCCCUGGCCCACCGCCACCGAUAUAUAUAUAUAUAUAUAUUAACAUCUUUCAUCUUCAACUCUUCAUCUUCGUCCGCCGUGAAUCGCGGAGCGGCCGGCGUGCCAUGGAGGAACAGAAGCCUCUGCUGCGCACGUUGGCGCUCUCCAAGCAGCACUCCUGGUCGCCGGACUUGCUACGUGACGAGGCCUGGUCGCGGCGCAAGGGCAACCAGAAGCUACGGCUGCGCCGCCGCAGCAGGAGCGUCACCGACGAUGACUUGGAAGAGCUCAAGGCAUGCUUCGAGUUAGGGUUCGGUUUCGAGACCAAUUCGGUUGGGAUCGAUCCGAAGCUUUCCGAUACCUUUCCUGCCCUCGGGCUCUACCACGCCGUUAACAAGCAGUACGCUCAGAGUCUGUCGAGGUCAUCGUCCUCGGCGUCGAUGGCGGUUUCCGACUCAGAUACGGCGUCGCUCUCGAGUGCCAGCCCUAGCACCAUAUUCGACGACUCAGGUGAUAAUCCGGAGAUGGUGAAGACAAGAUUGAGGCAGUGGGCGCAGGUGGUUGCUUGUGCAGUGCGUCAAGCUGCAUCGAACUGAAACCCUAGAUACUUUCAAUUCUCAAAUCAAUUUUGCUGUCUAUAAUUGAAUUAUAAUUAAAUUAACAAAAUCUACAGUUUUUUAAGUAGAAUUAGUGUGGGGGAAUUUGUUAAUUAUUUUUUGGGAAAGAAGCUUUUAUUAUUUAUGAUUCCCUGUAUACAAUGUUCACACGCGACAUUAAUCACUUAGGAGUGAACCUUUCGUGUUCGAAGAUGAAGAACAAAGCUGAGAAUUGCUCCCACAGAGCAAACAAAUCCCCAGACGAUGAAGGUCUGUCGAUGACAGUUAAACCCUAGGCAUUUGCCAUGAAUAUUGGUUCCUCUUUCUCGAUCAUAGUUGAGAGCAGCCAAAUGUCCAAACAGGAGAGAAGCCACGGGAAUGUUGAUGAGAACAAUAUUGUGGUUAACCGCCGCAUUCUCGACGCCGAACAGCUCGGCCGUUGCGGAUGCUGAAAAGGCGAUUAUGGCUCCAGAAGUGGCUCCCAGAACGGCUGUAGUCAUGUACAAGCAUGUGUUGUCGUGGCUUAUUGCCAGCAAGAAGAGUGAUGCUGACAUGGGGAUCAUCAGCAAGCCUAUCACCGCUGGCCUUGGUAGUAAUUUCCUCACCCUGAAGCAACCCAAAUUUGAAGAUUUACAAGUUAAUUCAUCCUUCUUGUGCGUGUCUAGAGGUUUCUCAGCAAAGAUGUUAAUUUCAUGUUUCAUUCUAAUUGGAGAUUCUUAUUUGAUUUCGUUGAGUAUCGUCGUAAAUUGAUGAUGUGAUAAGUCUUACCUUUACUCUUUGAGUUAAUAUAUAAUUAAGACUAGACAUACUCGCAGGUGAAGAUUAUAGAAAGACAAGACUUACCACAUCAUCAAUUAGCAGCAAAUUAAACUUAAUGGAAUUAGAUGGGUAUUUAGAAUUAAACCGGAAUAGAAAAUUAAAGGGUCUUUUGGUUGUGAAGAAUAUUUUCUAACAUGUCGUCUUCUAUGUUGUGUAA